GUCACUGUCACUGGAGCUGUCUGAACUUCUGUUUCUGCUGUUUGUCAAAAGUUCAUUCAAAAUAACAAAAAUCGAUUUCGCUAUCACCGGAAUUCCCGAUCUUUGUAUUUGAUUUGUUACUUCAGAAUGUAUGUGUUUAGGAAAUAAUUGAUACAGUAAAUCAAUAAUCUUGAAUAUUUAACGUCCAAAUAAAAACACCAACGAUUUCGGACCAAAUUAUCACCAUCAAAAUCAAAUAACCUAGAUUUACCGGCAAAAUAGUGUUGUGAUGUGAUGCAUUGUUGAUAACAUCAGGCUAUCUGUCAAUGAUAAUAAAUAUAAGAGGUUAAAAAAAUCCCAUAUCUUUGUUGCUCAAGUCAGAAAGAUAAAACGACGGCGAUUAAAAUAACAAUAAAUUAUAAUUAUAUAGUCUUCGUUCUUCCUUUCAGUAAAUUCGACUCUGUUGUAAACUGACAACCUUAUCGUGACUAUCUGUUCGGUUCUGAUAAAAGGUUUGCAGACACACAUCGGCGUGUAUGUAUCAAACCUUAUCCUCAUUACACAAUGCGGUUUCCUAUAAUUCAAGUAGUACAUAAUAUAUGAAACAUUGUCGAAGCGAAAGCGUGUUUACGUAGCGUAAAACUCGCCGAGUGCCGGUAAACUUUAAUGAGAAUUAGUGUUCGAGUUAGUUUUUAAGUUGUUGGAUCGCGGCAAAGGUCGAUCAUCAUGCUGCCGUGGAUACAGCACCGAUGGACCAGCCUUUGCCUCCUUGUUGCGGGCUUUGGAACCUUGAUGUUGUUCCUGUAUGGAUUUUUCCCACUGAAAUAUCAUUCAGGAAAAUUAUCAAGUAUUGAUGAUCUGCCAAACUUUAUUGAUGGUAUCAGUAUUGAUGGCCAGCAAGUAUACAACUCUGGGGAAAACAGUGUUAUUCUGAUGGUGAUUGAUGGAUUGCGGUAUGACUUUGUCACUGAAGAGUACAUGCCAUAUACUGGACAGUUGCUCAAGAACAAGUCUGCAUGCAUUUAUGUAUCCGUUGCUGAGCCUCCUACAGUUACCAUGCCUCGGAUCAAGUCACCAGAACGUAAGAAGGAAAAGGCACAGUGGAGGCGCACAAUAAACUUCUGGCGGGAUAUAUUUGCUAUGAUGACGGGCAGUGUAUCAACAUUCGCGGACGUAGCGCUUAACUUUGGCGCUCCUGCCGUUCGUGGAGACAGUGUGUUGCGUGUCGCCAACGCUAGAGGGCGCCGCACCGUCAUGUACGGUGACGAUACAUGGCUCAGACUGUUCCCUGGACUCUGGACGGAAUCUGAUGGCACCACGUCGUUUUAUGUUACGGAUUAUACUGAGGUGGACAACAAUGUAACAAGGCAUUUAGAGAAGGUCUUAAGACCAGAUAACAAUAAAGAGCCAUCAUUCGACUUUCUGGUACUACAUUACUUGGGUUUAGACCACAUAGGACAUCUAGAGGGCGCUAGGAGUCCUAAAAUAAAACCCAAGCUGAUUGAGAUGGAUCAAGUUGUAAAAAAAAUUGUCACUGCCAUGCAACAAUGGGACCGUAACGGCGUCCUGAUAGUGUGCGGUGACCACGGCAUGCGCGACGCGGGCGGCCACGGCGGCGCCACGCCCAGCGAGGUGCUCGUGCCGCUCGUGUUGCUGCGGGGGAAGGACUUCGAGUGUCCGCAUCCUGUGGGCCCGGGCCCCACAGUAGCGCAGGUGGACGUGGCGCCAUCUGUCGCGUGGCUGCUGAACGCGCCGCCGCCCGGCGACAGCGCGGGACGGCUGCUGCCUGCUCUACUGCCGCAGGAUACACGACAACACCUGUACUUGCUGCAUGUCAUAGCUCAUCAUAAUGCCAAACAGUCGCUGCCCACUGAUACUGAAUUCUACAAACAAUUCGAGCGCGCUGAGAAACAGUUCGCCCACUACCUGGUGACCGGCCAGCAGAGCGCCGCCAAGAUCUCCAAAGAGUUCUACGAGGAGUCUCUUGAGAAGAUGGCCGCCUACCUUACUGGGACUACCACGGAGUUCGAUAUCUUUGCCAUAGUGACUGCCGUGGUUAUGCUGUACUUGAUCGCAACAUCCCUCCUGUGCGUGACCCUGUACAGCUUCCAGCCGGACACACGCCGCAGGGACAGCGUCUCCCACCACCACCAGCAGCGCUCCCACGCCGGGACCAUCAUCGCCUUCCUCAUCAUCCUCGUCAUCUCCAACUUCAUCCUAGUCACCGCCUGCUUUAUCACUGAAACCAAGAGCCAAGUCUGCACCUUCGAUCCUCCAUGGAUCCUGGCCUUCUUGCUGCUGUCAAUAGCGUUAACAGUCACAUACUUCUUAAUAAAAACAGGAUUUGAAAGGAUUAAAGACUUGAGUCCGUUAAACGAUUUGAAUGCGAUCGAUUACCUGUUGAUCUUAGGAACGUUAUUCCAUAGCUGGUCGUUCUUCGGGACAAGUUUUAUUGAAGAGGAACAUAUGACUUGGUAUUUCUUUUGGAAUACGUUAAUGUUCUUUGUGCUGGUGAAGACGUUGAUGGUGUUCACGUUGUACGUGAGUAAGCUGUGGGUGGGGGCUACUGAGGUGCAGGACAAGCCGGAGCUCAAACUCAGGAUGGCCAACGUCGGUGUCGGGAUACUGCCUAAAUGGGUGUUGCUCAUCGCGUUACAUAGGUACUUAAGAACAAUGAACCAGACUGGCGACCGCUGGCUGUUCUUACCGGACACGGCUGACUGGCUGAAUGCUCCGGAAAAUUCGAUGUACCUUCAAGCUCACUUAGUUAUAGGAACACUAGCAACAUUAAAAAUAUGUCUUGGAAACCUCCGCCACAUGAACAACAUAGUUCACAUUCACUCUGGCUUUACCAUCGCAGCUGUAUUCUGCAUAUUAUGCUACAGAAUCGCCUCUGGUGCUUUAGAUACACCACUGAUAGCCGCUAAUUGGGAUCCAGUCUUUAUAGUCGACAUUUUCUGGGCAAUACUCAUAGCACAAUUCGCCUUCGAGUUUAUAUCAUACAUCGGCGCAUUCAAAAACUGUGGCCUCAAACCUAUAGAAACAAAAACACCUGAUAGUAACAAGUUUGUGUAUAACAAGCCGAAAGCGAAAACUGAGGACUAUUUCUAUGACUCAAUGAUUGAGGAACCAUGGAAUGUUGAUGAAGUGAAAUUGAAUUUUGUUCGGUCGGCUUCAUAUAUUAUGGUGAACGAUUUGAUGUUGAUUGUCAUCUUACUAAUGAGGCCACAUAAUGUUAUCAUGGUCCCGAGUAUUUAUAUGACGUGUGUGCUGACGUCACAGUGCAUGGACCAUAAGCUAUUGGACUCUAAGUCUAUCAGGAAGACUGAUGUGGUCGAUGUGUUGAGCAGGACGCUGGUGCAUAUGUGGAUUGGGAUCGUGUUUUUCUUUUAUCAGGGUAACUCCAACAGCCUGUCGUCGGUGGACCUGGGCUCGGGCUACGUGGGGCUGCGCGCGUACUGCCCGGCGCGCGUGGCGCUGCGCAUGGGGCUGCACGCCUACGCGGGGCCCGCGCUCGCGGGCGCGCUGCUGUUCGCGGCCAUCGCCAGGGAGGCCCACUCCUGGCAGCAGUACUUGAAAACAGUAUGGCGUGCUACCAACAUACUCUCCUUACACCGAAUCUACGCCGUAGCAGUGUACUGCAUCGUAGCGACAGUCUUCCGACACCACUUGUUCGUAUGGAGCGUAUUCUCCCCAAAACUCCUCUAUGACUUCGUAGCAACCGUGUUCAGCAUUCAGGCGCUAGUGACUAUCGCGCAAAUAGAAAUGUUAGCCCAUAUUACGAAUAUGUUAGCUAGAACGUUCACGUAUAAGUCAAGACUGUGAUAUACUUAGGUAGAUAGCACAUAAUGAACUAUUUUUCAAGGUUAUCUAUGAGUGAUUUGUAAGACUUUUACCCGGGUUCUGGAAAGCUGAUUGAUUUGAUUGCGUGAUACUAAAACAUUAAUAUAAAACGAAUAAAAACGCUUUUGUGUUGAACAGCGUUCGAGAAGCCGGCUGCUAUACGCAUGUUGCUUGCCAUGGAUAUCGUGUGAUGCGUAUUAGUACUUACGUCCAAUGAUAAGUUUUAUUUAAUAUUUAUGUUUAAUUUUAUGUUGGGUUUGUUUGAGUACAAGCUCUUAUGUGAGGGACGAUUGACUAUUUAAGUUAAGGUACAAUAAAUAAGAAUAUAGUAUAAGCAAUGUUUUGGCAGACAUUAAGUUGUGCUUUAAAGAAAGCACAAUAUCAAGUUUUUUAUGGUGCCAUUGAAAAUAACUUGUGUACCCUGAUAAAAGAAAUAUGGAUAGAGAUGAUUUUUUGUGUGUUUAUUUAUAUACCAUUCCAUGAACAAAUAACAUUUAAUUAAAUUUAUAUUUUUGUAUUCGUUAUUCCAUACAAGAUUGUUGUUAUAAAAAUAAAACGAAAAAAUAAAUAACAUUUUUUUAUUAGUGUAAGUGUAUAUUGGAACCACCACUUUUUUGUUUAUUUUUUAUUUUUAUUGACAUUUUUAUUCUAUAGGAAUCGUAAAGACCCCUUACCAAACCAAUGACCUAAAUAAACCUAAUUUUACA